CCGGAAGCGCUCCUGAAAAUGCUGAACUGCUCCCUGAGAGUCGCCGGUCGUUUAGUAACUGGGGUCUGUUCUCGGGCCUGAGCCUCUAGGCCAGGCUCCUGGGUGUCGUUAAUGUUCGGGGCCGCCGGGCGCCAGCCGAUCGGAGCUCCACCCGCCGGGAACAGCUGGCAUUUCAGUCGAACCAUGGAGGAACUGGUUCAUGACCUUGUCUCAGCGUUGGAGGAGAGCUCAGAGCAAGCUCGGGGUGGGUUUGCUGAAACCGGAGACCAUUCCCGAAGUCUGUCAUGCCCUCUGAAACGGCAGGCGAGGAAAAGGAGAGGGAGAAAACGGAGGUCCUAUAACGCUCAUCACCCGUGGGAGACUGGUCACUGCCUAAGUGAAGGCUCUGAUUCUAGUUUAGAAGAACCAAGCAAGGACUAUAGAGAGAAUCACAAUAACAACAAAAAAGAUCCCAGUGACUCAGACGACCAAAUGUUGGUGGCCAAGCGCCGGCCAUCAUCAAACUUAAAUAAUAACGUUCGUGGGAAAAGACCUCUAUGGCACGAGUCUGAUCUUGCUGUGGACAACCUCGGGAACAGAACUCUGCGCCGGAGGAGAAAGGUGAAACGCAUGGCUGUGGACCUGCCACAGGAAGUCUCUAACAAACGGACGGUGACCCAGCCGCUUGAGGGUUGUAGAGAUCAGGACAUGGACAACGAUAGGGCUUACCAGUACCAAGAGUUUACCAAGAACAAAGUCAAAAAAAGGAGACUAAAAAUCAUUCGACAAGGACCAAAAAUCCAAGAUGAAGGAGUAGUUUUGGACAGUGAGGAAAUAAGCCAGACCAAUAAGGACAAAAUGGAGUAUGAAGAGCAGAAAGUCUCCGAUGAGCUCAUGAGUGAAAGCGAUUCCAGCAGUCUCAGCAGCACUGAUGCUGGUUUGUUUACCAAUGAUGAGGGAAGACAAGGUGAUGAUGAGCAGAGUGACUGGUUCUACGAGAAGGAAUCAGGCGGGGCCUGUGGUGUCACCGGAGUCAUACCCUGGUGGGAGAAGGAAGAUCCGACCGAGCUAGACAAACAUGUACCAGAUCCUGUCUUUGAAAGUAUCUUAACUGGUUCUUUCCCCCUUAUGUCGCAUCCAGGCAGAAGAGGUUUCCAGGCUAGACUCAGUCGCCUUCAUGGAAUACCUUCCAAGAAUAUGAAAAAGUCUGGAGGGACCCCAACUUCAAUGGUGACCACUCCUGGGCCAGUCAGUAACAAGAGGAUGGUUCACUUUUCCCCAGAUUCUCAUCACCAUGACCAUUGGUUUAGCCCUGGGGCUAGGACAGAGCAUGGCCAGCAUCAGCUUCUGAGAGAUAACCGAGCUGAAAGAGGACACAGGAAAAACUGUUCUGUGAAAACAGCCAACAGGCAAACAAGCAUGCAUUUAGGAUCCUUGUGCACAGGAGAUAUCAAACGGAGAAGAAAAGCUGCCCCUUUGCCUGGACCUACGACAGCAGGAUUUGUAGGUGAAAACGCUCAGCCCAUCCUAGAAAACAACAUUGGAAACCGAAUGCUUCAGAGUAUGGGCUGGACACCUGGGUCAGGCCUGGGACGAGAUGGCAAGGGGAUCUCUGAGCCAAUUCAAGCUUUGCAGCGGCCAAAAGGAUUAGGACUUGGUUUUCCUCUACCGAGAAGCACUGCCACAGCUUCUACCCCCAAUUCAGGAAAACCUACCUAAGAGGAAGAGAAAGAAGAAACGUUUUAUGGUUUUUAUUCACUAUAUCCCGUUGUUCUUAAAUUACAACAUAGCUUCUGGUUUUGGAGCAGAAAUCUACAUGCCUCAAACUCAUCAUUCUAGCUUCCUGCGUGCACAGAGUCCUGCCACAGUGAGAAAUGGGAUUUCAUCACAGCUCAUGGUGCUAAAGUGAACACCUGUACCCUUUAAAGUUUUUCGGCUGUUUACAGCUCUGUCUAGGUAGGAAGAACAGCCCUCCUCUCUUAUUUAUUUAGAUCUCAGAUGUCAGUAACUUUCAUGCUUUCGCUUCAUUCGUGUGUGUGUGUGAUGCCCAGGGAAAUGUGAGCGUACCACAGGUUUCUGAAAUGGCGGAGGUCAGAAGGGAACGUGUUCCGUGUCAUCCCUGUCUGUUGUAACCCAAAAAACCUGUUAUCGCCUCAGUGAAGUUCCAUGCAAAUCUGUGUUCAGCAGGCUUGCCAAUUUCACAUUCCUUCGCGACCUUUGGGUUUGUCGUGAAGAUUCUGCAAUGGGGUGACACCCGUUGAUAUCUGUCUUCGGACAGUGUAGUCUGAAGUCCACAGAUGAUAAAUAGCAAGUCAUAUUUCCGUUGGACAUUUUUCUUUUGACAAAAUAAACCUCAUCAUUAUUAUCACCAGAGUGCCCUCGACCUCACUAUAAUGCAGAUUUUAUAAAUUUUACCUCAUUUAGAACAUAAAAUAAUUAUUGAAAGAAAAAAAUGUAUUUUUUAGAUUCCCCCGACUGAACCGUAAGUUCUCUUAACUCAGACGGACUUCUACCUCUCUUCUUCCCGAAGGUUGAUUUUUUUUUUAAGAACAACGUAAACUGAUUUUAAAUUUUAAUCAUUGGACUAAAUUAUUAGAGUAUCGAAUCUUUUUUUUUUUGAAGAUUUAAGUGGCUCUCCCAGGAAUUCAGAAAUUUCUGGCAGUAGCCCAACCCAUUUACAGAGUGAACAAGAGAAAUGAAUGGUUGUGACGGCCCCAGCUAAGAUCUAAGCCGUUCCUUUAAAACCAAGCGAAACAAGUCGCUUUUAUCGUGUGCUGAGUACUGAGUUAUUUCAGAACCCUAGUGUCAGAGAUUCUAAGUUUCUCCGAGUUUACGAGAUGUCGGUUAUGAUCAUCAUUACUGAGGAGUGACAAUAAUAAUUAUGGUAGGCAUUUAGUGAUUGAGUAAAGAGCAGUAUAACACGAGUGAAUCACCUUUCUAAUGUUGUUAGGUACUGUCUAGUCGGUUACGACUCAUAGUGACCCUAUGUACGUACAACGACCUUUCUCUAAUAGGUUUUUAAAGUUUGUAAAUCCCCUAAAGAGUUUUAGAAGGGAGGAGGGGUUGUGCAUAUAGCAGACCUCCUCCAGGUGGUCCUCUAAGGAGAAUAUUGCCAAGGAGAGCGAGUCCAGCCUUGAUGGUUUGACAAGUGUACAUAUUUCCUUUAAGAAUCCUCUUCUUUCCUAGGGGUGAUGUGCUGAAAGAACAGGUUGGUUAGGGAACUAUAGACUACCAGGUGAGUCGCUGUUUUGAAACAUUUUUAUUAGAGUAAUUGUGUGGUAAGAUUACUUUCUACAAGUUUGUUACUUAGAAAUUUGCCAUUUUUUUUUUUAAUGUGUUUUUAAAAUGCUUGUUCUCCCUAUGUAGGGGUGGAAAAGGUGGCGGAGAUUGUCGAGACACAAGCUUUCAAACUUCUGUUUGGUAGAGCCUAGUGUUCUAGGAUCUAUUCAAAAGAUUUUGUUUUAAUUCCAUUGUCUAAACAACUUCUAAAAUCCUAGAAUUUUGGAAGUCUAAUUCUGAGCCACUGAUAACAAACUAUGAGGUUAUUGUGAGGACUUUGGUCCCUAACUGCUGAGAAUCUCGCUGUUCUUUUUUACUCCAUCCUGUUGUGACGGAUGUAAAAACCCUGUAGUCAAGAAGAGCAGUACCUAUAAAACUGGACCCAACCGCUGUGGAGGGAUUCCUUAGUUAAGUAUCACAGUCUUUAGGAGCACUUUUUAUCUUUGCCCUUCUGGACAGGUACAGAUUUUCUGAAGCAACCCCUUGAAGAUGUUCACUUAAUUUUCCUACGGCCCCCCAAAAAAUCCAUCUUCGUAUUUUUAGCUAAGAGAAGAAGAUUCCCAGUCUUGACACCUAGAGGCCUCCGUGUUGCUCACAGAGGACUUAAGUGUUUCUUGUUCGCUGAAGUUUUUCACUGACUGUACGGAACAUGUGGAUCAUCAUGCAAAGUGGAGACGCGGCAGCGUCCACGCUUCACCCCCACCCUCACACAGACAUGCAUCAGAAGCACAUACAGCCCUUCAACGUUCAGUCCUUAAGAGUCAGCGCAUGCCUGAUGUUCUCGCUGUAUCUGAACUUAAUUGGAGAAAUGAACACUCAAAAUCAAAAUAUGGAAUUUUUCAUGUAAAUCAAGUGUUGUCUUUUAAGAUAUGAAUCCCACUAAUUUAUUUAUGUGAGUAUAGUUAAUAUUUGCCAAUUACUAUUCCCAAAGAACCCAAAGCAUCCACAGGAAUUCCUGAUUUAGUAUGAAUCAUUCCUAUCCCCUGAGAAAAGUGGCAAGAUAUUCUCCUCAGACCCUCAUAAAGCCACUUUUCUGUUCUUCCAUGCCCAAAGCCUCUUAUCACACUAGUUGACUGUGCCAAAAAGUUCCCCAAGGAAAUCUGAGAGCGUGCAGAAGUCUCUUCCCUUACUUUCUAAAUUACCCACCCCCAACCCCACCCCAGCAAGAGCGGAGAGGUUGAGCAUGACUGCCUUGGCAAUUGGACUUUUUUUCCUUGAUACACUUGUUAUACUUGAUAUUACUCAGACUGGGUGCUGGGGUCAUUUCCUUUCUUCACCCCCAAAUACAGUUUAUAAGAUUACAUUCCCCUCAAAUGUCUUUGCUUUUACUCUUAAAUUACAAGGCACCCCUUAGAAGAAAAUCCAUUGCUAACUAAAAUCUACCAGUUAAUUGAUCUCAGCAUUUGAAUUCAUUUGAUUGUUUGACUCAUACUGUGGUUAUCAAACAAGAAGUUAAGAACAGUAGGGUUCAAGAUACGCAUAAUGUAUACAUACAGGUGUGUUUACAAGGCACAUAUGUUUGCAAUACACAGUGUGCAAUGUGGUUGCAAAAUAUUGCAUUUUAUUAAUAUGUUUAUUUUAACAUCGUGAAUUGGUAUUGUAAUUGAACUGACAAUUGCUUUUCUUCAGUACGUUUUCAUUUUGAGCAAUAUUUCAUAUAAGAGAAAAAUCACUGUUGACAAGCUUUCUAAAAUGAUUUUCUUCUGUAUUUGGUCUUUUUGAGGAAGUGAUGUAAAUUGGCAUUAUAUAACGAAAUUGUUUAGCAAAGAA